AUGAGUAUUUGUAACUUAGCCAGUUCAUUUCCUUUUCUUUCUGGCUUUGGUUUUUGGCUUUUUGCCUUGCCUUUGCAGCAGGGGGCCGCUUCCCUUGGCCAGCUGCAGCCUCCAAACUCCCCUCGGGGUUUAUCCUUUGAGGAGAAAACAAGGCUGGGAUCAACUCCUCCAAGUUGCCACAACAAAUGCAACGGAUGCCACCCUUGCAUGGCGGUCCAAGUACCUACAUUACCCAGCCAUGAACGAUUUCAACCAGGUUUGACCAAAGGAAUCACUAAUUCCAUGCAGUUUCUUGACCCAUCAGGUAACCAAUACUCCAAUUACAAGCCUCUUGGUUGGAAAUGCCGCUGCGGUAAAAACUUUUACAAUCCUUAAACGAUCAAAUCUUCAAUAGGUUUGAAAUUGCUGUUCAUUGGUUUAAGCUUUUGAAUUAUUGUAAACUUUUUCUUGUUCUUGUCCCCGUUUGUAUCGAAAAAGAAAUUGUUUGAUAGGGGGGGUUGGUGGGGUCUCUGGGAUUCUUUGCAGAUUUUGAGCAUUAAAUGUAUACUUUAAAAUCUUAUAGUCAUGUACAGAAGUUGCAACUUGCAACAAUGCCCGUGAGUUUUUUUCUCCA